UUCAAUUUGUGUUGCCUGCUGCAGCAGGUAGCAGUUGCCGUCUGCAGUGUUUAGUAGUCCGGUAGCAACCGUGGUUGGAGAGCGAGUUCUUACCAUGGAAGGAAUCAAUGCGCUCGCGCUGGAGCCGCCGAAUCUGCCGCCUGCACCUCAAGAGAUGAGCCUGGCGUGCGGCCCAGGAGGAACCCCUGGAACCGCUGCCGGCUCGCGGUGGGCCUGGGUAUGGUAGGCAGCGGCUCCAUCCCUGAGCUGGGGGACUCGGUCUUCGGGGGUGCGUAUAGCCUGGACCCUUCCAGCUGCCCACUUCGGACUCCAGUUGCUGGAUCGAUUGCAGGAUGGGAAGCGACAGGGAGAGUGAGGAAGUGAAACACUGGGCGAGGACCACGGGGUGCAGACCCCGUGACCUUCCCCACCCAGGACAAUGUGACUCUUCUAACGUCCCAGAUGUACCCAGUGGUAAACAUGGGGGUGGCAAGAGAGACCCACGUCCUGAAGGAGCGCCCCUUGGGAUGUACACUUCUGAUAACUACUCAGAAGAACUGGGGUCUGGAGACUAUGACUCCAUGAAGGAACCGUGCUUCCGAGAGGAUAAUGCCCAUUUUAACCGGAUCUUCCUGCCGACAAUCUACUUCAUCAUCUUCUUCACUGGCAUAGUGGGCAAUGGAUUGGUAAUCCUGGUCAUGGGUUACCAAAAGAAGCUAAGAAGCAUGACUGACAAGUACAGGCUGCACCUGUCGGUAGCUGACCUCCUCUUCGUCGUCACACUUCCCUUCUGGGCAGUUGAUGCCAUGGCUAACUGGUACUUUGGGAAAUUUCUGUGUAAGGCAGUCCAUGUCAUCUACACUGUCAACCUCUAUAGCAGUGUCCUCAUUCUGGCCUUCAUCAGUCUUGACCGGUACUUGGCAAUUGUCCAUGCCACCAAUAGUCAGAGGCCAAGGAAGUUGCUGGCUGAAAAGGCAGUCUACGUGGGUGUCUGGAUCCCUGCUCUCCUGCUGACUAUUCCUGAUUUCAUCUUUGCGGAUGUCAAAGAGGCAGAGGGGAAGUACAUCUGCGACCGCUUUUACCCUAAUGACCUGUGGGUGGUGGUGUUCCAGUUCCAGCACAUCAUGGUCGGCCUCAUUCUGCCAGGCAUCGUCAUCUUGUCUUGCUACUGCAUUAUCAUCUCCAAGCUGUCACACUCCAAGGGCCACCAGAAGCGCAAAGCCCUCAAGACCACAGUCAUUCUCAUUCUGGCUUUCUUUGCCUGCUGGCUGCCGUAUUACGUGGGAAUCAGCAUCGACUCCUUCAUCCUUCUAGAGGUCAUCAAGCAAGGGUGUGAGUUUGAGAGCAUUGUGCACAUGUGGAUCUCCAUCACUGAGGCCCUGGCCUUCUUCCACUGUUGCCUGAACCCUAUCCUUUAUGCCUUCCUUGGAGCCAAAUUCAAGACCUCUGCCCAGCAUGCACUCACUUCCGUGAGCAGAGGCUCCAGCCUCAAGAUCCUCUCCAAAGGAAAGCGGGGUGGACACUCUUCUGUCUCAACGGAGUCAGAGUCUUCAAGUUUUCAUUCCAGCUAACACACAUACAUAAAAGACUAUAUAUGAUGAAGAACAUUUCUUUAAGUUACACGUUUUUCAGAUGUAAAAGACUGACUGAUCUUGUACAGUUUUUUAUUGACUGUUGGAGUUUAUGUUUCUUUAGUUUUGUGAGGUUUAAUUGACUUAAUUUAUAUAAAUAUUGUGGGGGUUUUUUUGUUUGUUUGUUUCAUGUGAAUGAGUGUCUAGGCAGGACCUGUGGCCAGGUUCUUAGUUGCUGUGUGUCUGUUUGUAGAGGAAGGAACUGAACAUUCCAAAAUGUGUGGUGAAUCACCUAAAGCUAGAAGCAAUCCUCAGCUGUUGCUGCAUAAUCUCUCCAUUCCAGAGGAGCACCCCCAUCCCUGUUUUUAUGUUGUUUUUGUUACAGUGUGUGAUUUUUCUAUAGAAGAUGGCACUUAGAACCAAAGCCUGAAGUGGUAUAGAAAUAUUGAUGUUCCAGUUUUCAAGAGUGGAUUGAUUUCAGCACCUACAAUGUACAGUCUUGUAUUGUUAAUAAAAGUCCAUGAUAAACUUA